AUAUCGACAAACAAAUCAUCUAUCAAUUCAUCCCAUCAAGCAUCCUCCUAAAUCAAACCUGCCGUUUCUCUCUCAUAUUCUCCAGUUCAAUCAACUGGCCAGUGCUUAGCACAAUUGGUGGUAGUGAAAACUUAAACCGAACGAUCUUGGGCUGAAAGUUCUCUGCUUCCUCUCCCAUUUCGCCGCCCUCAUGGCUUGCCCACACCACCACCGCUAUGCCCACACCCAGACGCCAUCGAAUCAAUGCUGUCGCCGCAGCUGCUGCUGUUCUUCCUCGUUCUAUAGCAGCGACUACUGCUGCUGCUGCUGCUGCUCUAACACCUCUCCGCUCACCACAUCUGGUCACCUCUCCCAAACCCUAGCCGCCCAAAUCCUCCUCCAGCACUCUCCUCAGUUGAUGCCCUCUCUCUAUUCCAAACUCCAGCAGCAGCCUCCGCAGGCUCCCCUUUUUCCAGGUCUUCAUCAUGGGGAGGAGUCUCGCCUUCCUCCUCAUCAUCUCCACGAUCACCAACAACAACCUCACCCACUCGUCCAGUCUCUCCUCUGCCGUAUCGCUGCGCUCGAGUCGUCCUUUUCCCAUGUUCCCCCUUCUCACUCGUCUCCCUCUCCUUCUCCUGCGAUGGAGCGUCCAUCGACAAGACAUUUUUCCCCAUCGCCAAGAUCGAAUUUUUAUUGCGCGCCUUCGCUGAGAGAUUUGGCCGCGCGGAGAAUCCAAGCGGCGUUCCGCCGGUUCCUUCUGCGGAGAUCUCAGACGCUCCGCCACCUGAAGGAACUCGCUGCGAUGAAAUCCCAUGUGGUUGACCUUAGAUCGGCGCUCUCCGACAAGACUCGAGUCGACCCGAAAGCCCUCACCGAAAGAGUCAUGAAUCUUCUCUUCCGGUUGGACGCUAUCCAGGGUGGCGACUCAAUGAUUCGAGAAGGAAAGCGAUCGAUCAGCAGAGAGCUGACCCGGAUACUUGACUUCAUUGAUAAAGUAUUGGUCAAGGAGCAUCAGUUGUUUCUCAAUGCUGUUGAGUUUGCAGGUAAUGGUAGAAAUCUGGUGACUUUCGCAGAGGAUAGUAGAAGAGGGAGUGAGGGAGCUGAGGAAGUUCAUAGGGCCGUCAAAAAGGUAAGCUUUUCAGAAGUUGGUAAGAGAUCCAGGGUGCCCUUUAGCAACCACGACCAGUUUGUAGAUGAAAUUAGUAAUUUCAGUGAUCAACAUCCUGUUGUGGAGAAUUUGAGUUGUGAAGCUGUGGGAAAUGGACAAGGAAAUCAUACAGGAGCUGAAAGGUUUCAUGAGGCUAGUGAUGAUGAGAGGAGUUCUGAAAGUUCUUUCGAGAAUGGUGAAAGAUUUGAGAGUGUGAAGCAGGCCAAGAAUCAGAAUGGCAAGUUUGGCCUAUCCGCCCCGUUGCCUGUGCAAAUGGAAUCCAGGAGAAAUUGAUUUGCAGCAGAUGGUAUCAAUCAUCAAACCUGAGUGUCAUCUUGAAAGUUUUAAGAGUUUUGAUCCAUGAACUACGUCUAGGAUGAGGUAGUAGUAAAGCUGCAAUCCUUUGCCUUCCAUUGUUCAGUUGGAUAAUAGGAGCUGCUUUUAUUGGGUACGAUCUGUUUUCCUUUGCAGUUGCCUGAUUUUGCUCACUAGGUUUCUAAUUUAUAAAAUUGUCGUGGUACCACUAUGUUUUCCUGGGCUAAUAAUUAGCUGUGUGAUGAUUGACAUUCUUCUGAUUAUCUAAACGUGUUUCUGUUUGUUUGAUCAUGAAUGAGUUGUUUUAGUUCUUCAUCACAGUUCAUGGCCGCGUUUAUUAAAUGAUUCUAAAUUUCUGUUUGUA